AUGUCUUCGUUGACCAAGAUCGAUCACGUACUCGCAUAUUGCAAGCGAUUUGCGUCAAAUGCCAGAAAGAAAGCCUCCGAACGAGCGGCAGGUCGAUUAUCAAUUACCAAGGUACGAAUGGCACAUCGUAGCAUCAUCCAGCACGUGCAAUCCAAGCAUUUCCACGAUUCAAUUUCUACGUUGAAGACCAAUCGUUUCGUAAAACCAUCGGACAAGCUUGCAACGUUAGCUCCCUUUCUUGACGAAAAUAACAUACUCCGAGUGGGAGGUCAUUUGCAACGUACCGAUUGGAAAUUUGAGCGAAAACAUCCAAUAUUACUGCCGUCGAAUGAUCGAUUUAUCAAAUUCUUGUUUGAAAGAGAGCACGUGAGACUACUUCACGCAAAUCAACAGUUGCUAUUGAAUACCAUUCGAGAACAUUACUGGCCACUGAAGGGAAAAUCUUUGUCCCGCUCAGUGUGCCGGAACUGCGUGCGUUGCUCUCGAGUCAACCCAGGAGCCUCCACGCAAUUUAUGGGCGCAUUACCCGACAAACGGGUACAACCAAGUCGUUGUUUCCACGUUACUGGAGUGGACUUUGCCGGGCCGAUCAUUACACUGGUCAACAAGGGUCGCGGCCGAAAGACGAACAAGUCUUAUAUCGCAUUGUUUAUAUGUUUCGCUACCAAGGCGAUACACUUGGAGGCAACCAGUGAAUUGUCAACCGCAGCCUUUUUAGCCACUUUGCGACGAUUCGUGAGCAGAAGAGGAUGCCCGAAGGAAAUUUGGAGCGAUAAUGGCACAAAUUUUGUCGGAGCCAAUCGCGAGUUAGAGAGUAUACAAGGAUUCGUAAGGUCACAACUCGCAUCCGACGCCGGGGAUUUGCUCUCGUCAACGAAGGAAUCAACUGGAAGUUUCUCCCUCCUAACGCUCCUCAUAUGGGCGGUCUCUGGGAGGCGGGCAUAA